AUGGGGGAAGGUGACACCAUCUGGGCCCCAUCUAUCCUUCCUCUCGACACCCUUGGCACCUUAAGCUACCACCCCCAGACGCAUUUUGGGAGAAAGAUGGAGUCCAAGGUCUCAGAAGGUGGCCUGAAUGUGACCCUGACAAUCCGCCUGUUGAUGCAUGGAAAGGAAGUUGGAAGCAUCAUCGGGAAGAAAGGAGAAACCGUGAAAAAGAUGCGUGAAGAGAGUGGUGCCCGUAUCAACAUCUCGGAAGGAAACUGUCCAGAAAGAAUCGUGACCAUCACGGGCCCAACUGAUGCCAUCUUCAAGGCCUUCGCUAUGAUUGCCUAUAAGUUUGAGGAGGACAUCAUCAACUCCAUGAGCAACAGCCCUGCCACCAGCAAGCCCCCGGUGACGCUGAGGUUGGUGGUUCCCGCCAGCCAGUGCGGCUCCCUGAUUGGCAAAGGCGGUUCCAAGAUCAAGGAGAUCAGGGAGUCCACAGGUGCCCAGGUCCAGGUGGCUGGGGACAUGCUGCCCAACUCCACGGAGCGGGCAGUGACCAUCUCAGGGACUCCUGAUGCCAUCAUCCAGUGUGUCAAGCAGAUCUGUGUGGUCAUGCUGGAGUCCCCACCGAAAGGUGCCACCAUUCCCUACCGCCCAAAGCCCGCCUCCACCCCUGUCAUUUUUGCAGGUGGUCAGGCCUACACGAUCCAGGGACAGUACGCCAUCCCGCACCCAGAUCAGUUGACCAAGCUCCACCAGUUGGCCAUGCAGCAAACCCCCUUUCCUCCCCUCGGACAGACCAACCCCGCUUUCCCCGGAGAAAAGCUGCCUUUACACUCCUCCGAAGAAGCUCAAAAUCUGAUGGGCCCGUCGUCAGGUUUGGAUGCCAGCCCCCCGGCCAGCACUCACGAGCUCACCAUUCCCAAUGAUCUAAUAGGCUGUAUUAUUGGACGCCAAGGGACCAAAAUCAAUGAAAUUCGACAGAUGUCUGGAGCUCAGAUAAAAAUUGCCAAUGCCACAGAAGGGUCAUCAGAACGCCAGAUCACCAUCACAGGGACCCCAGCCAACAUCAGCCUUGCCCAAUACCUCAUCAAUGCCAGGCUGACGUCUGAGGUCACUGGGAUGGGCGCGCUCUAA